AGACACCACCCGUCAUUGCUUAUAGACCGGAAACUAGAAGCUUAGCUCUCUUUCCCAUCUUGCAAGAUGGCGGGUGAAAAGGCUGAGAAGCCUAAUGCAAAGGAGAAGAAGCCUGCAGCCAAGAAGGCUGGUGAUGGUGGCACUGCAGGUGGUGCAGGCAAGACUAAAAAGGGAGGCCCUAUAGUCAAAAAGCUGAAGAAGGGGAAGCCUCACUGUAGCCGAAACCCUGUCCUGGUUAGAGGAAUUGGCAGAUACUCCCGGUCUGCUAUGUAUUCCAGAAAGGCUCUGUACAAAAGGAAGUACUCAGCUGCUAAAUCCAAGGUUGAAAAGAAAAAAAGAGAGAAGGUUCUUGCUACAGUCACAAAACCAGUUGGUGGGGACAAGAAUGGUGGCAACCGUGUUGUUAAGCUUCGGAAAAUGCCUAGGUAUUAUCCUACUGAAGACGUGCCUCGAAAGCUGUUGAGCCAUGGCAAAAAGCCCUUCAGUCAGCAUGUGAGAAAGCUGCGCGCCAGCAUCACCCCUGGGACUGUCCUGAUCAUCCUAACUGGGCGCCACAGGGGCAAGAGAGUGGUUUUCCUAAAGCAGCUGGCCAGUGGCUUGCUACUUGUGACUGGACCUCUUUCCCUUAACCGAGUUCCUCUGCGUAGAACACACCAGAAAUUUGUCAUCGCCACCUCCACAAAAGUCGAUAUCAGCAACGUGAAAAUCCCCCAGCACCUGAAUGAUGCUUACUUCAAGAAGAAGCAGCUACGGAAGCCCAGGCACCAGGAAGGCGAGAUCUUCGACACAGAGAAAGAGAAAUACGAGAUUACAGAGCAGCGCAAGGUUGAUCAGAAAGCUGUGGACUCACAAAUUUUGCCAAAGAUCAAAGCUGUUCCUCAGCUCAAGGGCUACCUGAGAUCUCUCUUUGCUCUGACAAAUGGCAUGUAUCCUCACAAAUUGGUGUUCUAAAUUUCUUACCAAGAACCUAAUUAAAUAACUGAUACGUUUGUGUCCCUUU